ACGAAGAAGACAUUGAGCUGUGUAAAUAAACAAAUAUAAGAAUGUAGAAGUGACAAUCUGAGGGAGAAGAGAGAGAGGCUGGUAAUGGGAGUAGGAGAAAGUAAGGAGUGGGAGUAAGAAGGAGGAAAGCGAAAGGCGAGUUGUGAAGUUGUGAGAGAAUGAAUGGUAAAAAGCAAAAGAGAAAUAGAAAAGGUAUCAGUGAGAAGUUAAAAGAAAGACUAUAAAAGAAACAAGAAAAGCAAAACAUGAAGAAAACAUUGUCUUCGGAAAGUAAAGUUUAGAAUAUUUUUUGAAAGAAUAGGUUAGGAAACAAACUCUAAGAACGAAAAGUUGUUCUCAUUUUUUGCUAUAAAAUCCUUGGUGGAGUUGAAUUUUUAAAUUUACUGAAGAGAAAUAAAAAGAAUAAGAAUUAUUAUUAUUUGAAAAAUACAAAGAAAUUCAAGACGAAGAAAAUAGUUGAUGAAGAGUUAUAGAGGAGAAAGAGAAAGAAACAGUAAUACGAUAUCUCAUAAUAAUAAUCUCAAGUGGAUUUAAUGACCAUAAAUAACAGACUAAAGGAUUCUUAUUAUAUUCGAGGAGUUAACAUUAAUAAGGAAGUCCUCGCCAUCACCAAUCUAUAAAUAAUGCUGCAAGCUGUUUUGCUGUCAUGCGAAGGUUACUGAACAGAUCUAAAAUCAAAUGUCCGUUGUUGUUGGUCUGCCUCGGAAUAGUUUUUCUGUUUGUUGUACAUUCAACUAUAACAAACAAUAUAUUCAACUUUGAUACAGGUAGACAUUUGGAUUACGAGAAAACUGCACAGAUUCCUUAUGAUCUCGCUUAUCAUGUUCAAAAAGAAUACAUUUAUAAGAAAACUUUGAAUAAUGAUUUCCAAAAGACAUUAGCUUCUCGUACUGCUGGGAGAAAUGGAAGUAAUGUGAACAUAAAAUAUGAUCACACUCUACAAAAUAUCUCAGGACUGAACAUUACAACAAAAAAAGGUAUUCUUCUUCUAGUUCAGUCCAGUGAUAAUGCCAUUAGAAAUACCUUGGAUUCAUUAGUCGAUGAUGAUACAAAUACUGUAGUUCUGGAUAAUAAGAAUGUCAGUGCCGUUGCUAAGAGUCAGAGCAACAUUUCAUUGGCACGAUAUAUUACCAGUAAAAUUGUCAGUGUGGAGCAAACCACGUCUAGUUCUAGAACUUCUGAAAGUCUUUUUAAAAAGAUAAAUAUUUCAUCAGUGAACUCGACACUUUCAAGUAAAACUAUUACCCAGAAAAUAUUUUUAAAUCCAACAACAGUUUCAAUACCAAAAAUUUAUAAUCCUCAUCCAUUUUAUUUCCGACUAGAUGCAAAUGAGUUGUGUUCUAGAAGAGAUCCACCAUUCCUUUUGAUUGUAGUACCAAGUAUUCAUGACCAUAUGGAUAUCCGCAAUGCUAUCCGACAAACGUGGGCUAGCGUGGCUAAAGGUCAUGUUUGGCCUGGUCGAGAAGUUCAAGAAACAGUCAAAGUAGCUUUUUUAUUGGGACUUCAUCAAUUUCCUGAACGCGAAAGUCUAUUAAUCGCCGAGAGUAAAAAAUAUGGUGAUAUAAUUCAAGAGAAUUUUAUCGACUCUUAUUAUAAUUUGUCUAUUAAAAUAUUAAUGGCUAUGAAAUGGGCCAGUCAUUAUUGUCCUGGUGUAAAUUACAUCCUUAAAGCAGACGAGGACACCUUCGUAAACAUUCCUAUGUUAGUGGAGAUCUUGCGCCAACCAGAAAUGCCUCGACACAGCAUUAUGGGUCGGAUAAUGCCCGAGUCCAAGGUUUACAGGUUUGGAAGAUGGAAGGUUGAUAAAAAAAUAUACGACAAAAAGGUAUAUCCCCCUUAUGCAGCAGGAAACACCUACAUUAUACCUGGAAGCAUUGCUCGAAAGCUAUUCAUAGCAUCCAAGUACCAUGUGUAUCUGCACGUAGAAGAUGCCUUUAUAACUGGUGUAUUGGCACAGUCAAUUGGUGCAAGCCAUUUUGACAUACCUGGUUUCACAUUUCAAACUGAUGAUGCACCAGAGGCUUGCGAUUUCAUUAUGGAUUUUAAAAUAUCUGGUACAAAAGCCAACAUGGGAUUGAUAAGGCACAUAUGGUCCCAAAUUAAGAAACAGAAAGACUGUGAAGAAUAGCUGUAACUUCGCACACACAGACACACAUAUACGUACAUACAUGUGUGUGUGCAUGUGUGUGAAGUUAUAUGUAACAUACAUACAUACACACACACCAUAUAUAUGGAUGAGUAUUCGCGCGCGCACACACACACAAAUGAGCCCUCUGUUUCUUUCUCCCUCUUUCUGUCUCACUCUUCACCUUAUCCUCUUUUUCUCUUUCCUUUUCUUUCUUCUCUCUUACCCUUCAACUAAUCACGAAAAAGUUUUACUGACGGGCUAAGUAACGGAAUGGCAAGCAGAAGAUAUGACAGUAAUAUUGUUUCUUGUCUGAAAAAAAUUGGUUAUUGCGUGUGUGUGUAUGUGUGUAUGUAUGUAUGUAUGUAUGUAUGUAUGUAUGUAUGUAUGUAUGCAUGUAUGUAUGUGUGUGUGUGUGUUUCACUUGUUUCAGUCAUUUGGGGCACUGCCUCGAAGCAUUUUAGUCGAAAGAACCAACACCAAUACUUAUUUUUUAAAACUCUGGUACUUAUUCUAUCGGUCUCUUUUGUAGUAUUUUACCAUAUAAUAUAUUGUAUUAUAUAUAUAGGCGCAGGUGUGGCUGUGGUAAAAAAUCUGCUUUCCAACCAAAUGAUUCUGAGUUCGCUCUCACUGCGUGGCACUUUGGGCAAGGGUCGCCUUGUGAAUUGAGUUGGUAGAUGGAAACUGAAAGAAGCUUUUCGGAUGUAUACAUACAUACAUUCAUACACGCACGCGCGCACACACACACACACACACACACACACACACACACAUGGAUGAGAUGUCUUUGUGCCUGCGUUUGUUCCUCACCACCGCUUGACAACUGGUGCUCUUGUGUUUCCGUCCCCGUAACUUAGCACUUCGACAAAUUAGACCGAUAGAAUAAUUACCAGGCUUUUAAAAAAUAAGGACUAAAAAUCAAAUGACUGAAAGAAGUGAAA